AUGAUGCACCUUGUGGCGUGCAGUGUGCUACUGACUCACCUCGCGAAGGUGCAAGCUCAACAAUAUGAACUUAUCCGAUCUUACACACCAGAGAACUUUUUUGAUGAGUUUGAGUUCUUCACGGGCGCAGAUCCCACUGGUGGGUUUGUGCAGUUCGUUCCCUAUGAGACGGCUGCAGUCUCAGGCCUGGUAGACAAUAGUUCCAAUCAAAUUCAUCUCGGCGUCGAUCAUGUCAACAAUUACGUUGCCGGCGGUUUAGGUCGACAAAGUGUGAGGGUCCAGAGCAAGAUGGCCUUCACCGAAGGUUUAUUUAUUGCCGACCUUCUGCACAUACCCACUGGUUGCGGUACAUGGCCAGCAUUUUGGACUGUUGGGCUAGGUGACUGGCCCACGGAUGGUGAAAUCGACAUAGUCGAGAACGUCAACGAUGCAACUUCGAAUAAUGCUGCUCUUCACGCAGCCGGAGACUGUGCAGUCAAUCCUCUGAGCGGACAAACAGGUACAUGGAAAAGUACAGAUUGCAACAUUGCGCAUGACGGCAACCAGGGGUGCGGUACAAACUUUACUGAGCCCAAUAACUACGGGCUAGACUUCAAUGCCAAUGGCGGCGGUAUAUAUGCCAUGGAGUGGACCAAAUCUUUUAUCAACAUUUGGUUCUUCCCACCAGAGAAUAUUCCGCAGUCGCUGAAUUCAACAUCUUUCAUGUCUCCAGACAUUCGACCAGACCCUGACACAUUUGGACCACCAAGUGCAUCGUUCUGGGGCCCAUGCUCUGCUUCAUUUGGUGACAAGUUCUUCAAUCACUCCAUCGUCUUCGAUACCACAUUUUGUGGUGGCUGGGCCGGUAAUACUUUUGGAACUGGUGGUUCACAAUGUCCACUCCUCGCUGGUGCGACUCCUCUCGAGAGCUGUGUAAAUUACGUCGCGAACAGCCCCCAAUCUUUUACCGAUGCCUAUUGGAGUAUCCGAAGCCUCACCGUCUGGCAGAAGUACAACUUCCUGUUCCGCCCGGGCAAGGGGGCACGGCCAUUUCUCCAUUGA